AUGCACGAGGAGAAGUUAAAGCUAUUCCUUCAUGGUCUGCCUCCUGAUUGCCAAGAGAACACCUUAAGAUAUUUUCUUGAAGGUGUGUAUGGCUUGCCUGAUGUCAUCACUAAAGUGAGCAUUCCCUCUAAAAAGACGUAUGCCUUUGUAUCAGUAUCUCAUCCUGAGGUAAUAGAAAGGUUGCUGAGAAAAGCACUGCUGUACUGUGAUGGUAAUGGACAGUUCUACCAAAUAAAGGCUCAAUAUCAUGUAAAGCAGCUCUGCAAAACAAAACAGCGGAGGAAUUGUUCAACAGAGAACAAACCUAAAACAACCUCAACUCAAAAACCAAAGUAUACACCACCACAACAUGUUCACCAGCUGACUCCAGACUAUAGCAUGUUGUUUUCAAAAUCCAAGAGAAAGAGAAGAAAGCGCGAUGACUCUUUGAUCUGGUUUAGUGGUGUUGGGUCUUCUGCAUCAAAUAGGAAACAUAAGUGGAAAAAAAAGAAGAAACAGGUAACUAAGCAGGAGCUUCACAAAAGCGAUUCUUUUCAGUUUGGUAAUUUGUGUCCAGAAAAUGAUGUAGAAGUGGGAGUGACUUCAAACACCGAAGGGUUAGAUGCACCAAAUGUAACUUGUGCCGCGCAAGUUUCUAGCCAAGACGUGACAAAGGAACAAGAAAAUGAUCUGGCAUUGGGUAUAAAAGCCAGUGAAUAUUCAUCCAACAUCAGUUCAUGCACUCAAGUCAUUGUGGACCAUAGCUAUCUUGGUCCACUGUGUCUGCAGUUAACUAACCCAUCAUCAGUUGCUGAUGUAAAACAGGAGAUAAUGGAAAGGUCUGGACUUCCUGUCAGAAACCAGAUUCUUUACUGUGACGGAAAGAAGUUAUGUGACCAUCUCAGUAUGAGUUCCCUAGCUGGUGACAAUCAUGACAAUAUCACACUGACUUUAUCUGAAGGCUCACUUAGAGGUGGAGUUGACCCAAAGAAAGAACUGGAACAACCUGAAGGAGCUGUUGGAGGGGAAAGAGAUUGUCAAGCUUCAGAGGAAGAAGGAAAACUACCGAUGGAAGCCUGGAACCCACAAAGAACAGCUGCGUGGCUCUGUAGUGAUCGUCAGGCGUACGUCAAGUAUGCUGAAAUCUGUAGAAAUGAAGACAUUAGUGGACGUGCGUUAUUGUUACUAGCCUCCAAAGAUCCUGGGUAUCUACGUUCGGUUCUUAACUUGAAGAAAGGACCCGAGAGGGUCCUUAUGAACCGUCUUAAAGAGCAUUUAGAGAAAUUUGAGAGGGAGAAAUCCAAGGAAGCCCGCACGUCUGUAGAGGAGAUGAACAGAUGGACUUGCGAGGAGCUUUGUAGUUGGCUCAGGGAACUUGGAAUACCAGAAGAGUGUUUGAGAGAAGCAGAGGAAGAGGAAAUUGAUGGGCCCGCCUUUUUGUUAAUGAGGAAUGAGCUGAGGAAUUGCAUGAAACUAAAAGUUGGCCCGUGGAUUGUUCUCGAGCAUGAGUUGUCACUGCUAGAUGAAGACAACAGAGAAAGAGAAUCACCAAAUGAAUCUCUCCUCCCGAUGCAGGAUGAGCCUAAAAAGCCACUGGCCCUUGGAGAUCCAAUAACCAAAACAGUAUCAGAGCCGCCAAAUAUAUCAGCAAAUAAAGAAAACAGUGGAACAGACUCUGCAGGUAAACCUUGCUACUCAUCAACGAUGGAAGAUUUGAAUGAGCCUAAAAAGCCACAGACCUCAGAAGAUCGUAUGACGGAAACGGUAUCAGAUGCGCCAAAUAAAUCAAUUAAUGAAGGAAACAGUGGAACAGACUCUGCAGAUAAACCUUGCUCCUCAUUAGCGUUGAGACAUUUGAAUGAGUCUAAAGAGCUACUGGCUUCAGAGGAUCCUUUGACCAAAACAUCACCAGAUGUUCUAACUAAACCAGCGUCCUCCAAGGAAGAAGAGACACCGCUUUCAUUUCUUAAAAUGGCACUGAAACUAGACAUAGAAAAUUCAAGAGAUUCUGAGGAAAGAACGAUAUGUCAACUCAGAUCAAUUUUCUUUAAGCGUGGUAAGGGUUCAAAUUCCCUGGAGCAAUUAUUUAUAUUUAUAGUAAUGACAAAAGAAGAGUUAAAAGAUGACCAAGCCAGAAUACUAUGGAAGCAAAUUAUACGAAAUUCAGUGGCGUGGGUGAAACUGUUAUCAAGUGAAGAUUCUAAGAAAUUUUUGUGGAACGAAGCAUCCAAAGAGUUAGUACACAGUGGGAACAACAUGAAGAUUUCACUGCGCGAUGGAUCCGUAACUCAGAUCUUUCUCGACAGGCUCACGCCUAGGGAACUCAAGGAGAAGUCUUUUGUUAUACUGAUUGACAAGCAGUUGGAACCCAAGCCCAAUCAAGCAUUUAUAUGCAGAUUUUCGUUUGACCGAAAAAAAGAGAAAUAUUAUAACAUCAAAAUGGAACGAGAGGGAAAUUAUCAUGCGGCAUUUGAUGUCAGCGACCCAAGUCAAACCUUCGAGUGGAGUGACUAUUUUAAUUCACUGAAGAACAGAACCGGUGACCUUCGUAAGGUUACCAUAAAUCCCCCUAAAAGUAGAGAUCAAGGACCAACUCGCGAUCCGAUGCGUUAUCAAAUUCUGCGACCUUUUGGUGUGGACCAUGACGUAAAACCUUACGUCCAAGGUCGAACUUUUAGUCGUUGGGAGACUGGGACAAAAGAUAUGAUUACACCCAUCCACGAGUGUAAAAUAUUCCGAACAGAUGUCAACCCUAGCGUUAACGAUAUGGUUAAAAAAUUUGUUUACGAUACCUUGAGGUUUGCAUGCGCCUGUCUUAACGAAAGAACUAAUGGAACAAUACACUUUGGAGUGGCUGACGAAAACCAAAACCAAACUUGUGGGCACGAACCCAGGGAAAUUGUUGGCUCUCAAGUCACCGAGGUGCCUCUUUACAAUGAAAAACUGACUGAGUACAUUGGCAAGUGUUUUGUUGGACGCAGCGGAAGAAUUGUCCCGAAUUGUAUUCGGCCUGCUGUGUUUAUACCCGUAAGAAGCUCCCUUAGCGGUGAAGAUUUAAUCAACACAGUGGUUAUCGAGGUCGACGUUGAGCCUUCUUAUUCCCUUUGUAGAGAUGAUAUUUUCAAAGUGUGUCUAAAAGGCCUAGACCGUGGUAAAAAGGACCGUGAAGCUACAGCAUAUAUUAGAUCUGGAUCGCACACUGUGGCAAUUGAUGAUGCAAACAAAAUGGAAGAAUUCAUGAAAGACCGCCUGCCCAAGUUAGUUGAUGAAAGAAAGUAUCGUGAGAAAGUCGCACAACAGAGACAGUCCCCAGAAAAUGAAGAAUCCAUCCAACAGCUGUCUUUCAAAUUUCAGAGACUUCUAUGCGCAAACAAAAACUUCCUCGACUCCUCAGUUUACCCGAUUUUGGUUGUAAGCAAGCCACAUGCUGAUAUGAGUCAAACCGUUCUUAAAGAAACCUUUUGUUUUAUUCAAAAAAUAAAGUGGCUCACUGUUAUCGAUUUCGACGAUAAAGGUUCAGAUAGUAAUGGUCUAUGUCAAGUUUUCAAAUCUGUUGCUGAUUCCUCCCUGGUCGACAUACACGAAGCAGAGGAUUAUGAUGGAGAUGAAAAUACAGUCGAUGACAUAUACUACAAGACACAUUGGAUAUUUGGAAAUGGCUACCUUAAGCUGGAAAAGGAAGCCCUCAGUUUUAAGCAAUGGAAUAAUUCUAAGCGUAAAAAAGGUUUACUUCAAGUGAUACAAUCUCUUUCUAAGAGGAUUCCAGACAUUAGGGCAGUGGUGCUGUUCUUGCUUCUAUCAGAAGACUAUCGGGCGAUGGCAGAUACUUUCAAAGACUUCUGCACUUGUUUUGGUGGUCCAAAUCAAUUAGUUUAUGUUGCAGAAACUUCUGAGAUUGUGAGAAGCUGGGAAGAUAUCCUCUCAUGUACUUGCUUAGAAGAGAAUGAGCUUCAGGAAAGAGGUAUCGUUGGAAUGUCUUGGCCUGAAUUUCAAGAGUGUGUCCUGCAAAUGGUUUUGGGACCCGACAAAGAACAGCGUUGUGUUAUUAUGACAAGUGGAAGUUUCUAUCCCGUGGGCAAGGUUUCUUUUAAUUGUCUUGACAUUGUUAGUGCCAAGGAAUGUGAAGAAUUAAAUAAUUUAAGUUCUGCGGAACGUUCAAAGCUUUCUUCAGAAGUAGAGACACAUUUUUACAGAGGAUAUCCAGUAACAUGGAAUAAUUUUUGGUUUACUGAUAAUCGAAGCAAUCACGUUCUUCGACGGGAUAAUUACACUCAGCUAAAGGACUUGCUGGAAAAAAUUUACUCUCGUAAAAGUGAAGGAAGGGUUCAAACAAUCACCAUAUAUCAUGAAAUAGGUGCUGGAGCAAGUACUAUGGCACGUCAAGCCCUCUGGGAUUUCCGUUGUAAUCCAAAGUUUCCUUUCCGAUGUGCGGUGGUUACAAGGGCUGACGACAAUACUUCUAAGGAGCUAUUGCAACUCCGGAAAAUUGGCUAUCGGGAAGAAAGUGGGGUGCCUUUCCCACCGGUUAUAGCAUUAGUGGAGGAUACAGAUGACAUUUUGUUUCAAGAGUUACGAUCGCAGGUCGUAGAGCAGGCUAGUAAAGUACGUAGGACAAAUUUACCCGUUUGUGUGUUCCUGUAUUGCAAGACUACGCAAAAACCUUAUGAAUGUUAUGAAAAAGAAAAAGAAACAAGUGUCUACCUAGAACAGCGACUUAGCAAGGAAGAAGUAGAAUGGUUCAAAGACAAAUAUACAGAAAUGAAACGAAAAGCUGAUGAGAAUGACCCAGUACCGGAAUUCGACGAUUUUGCCAACGACAAUCUCAUUUCUUUCAUGAUAAUGAAGGAGAACUAUAACGAGGCAUACGUCUCUAGCGUCGUAAGUGGAAAUCUAGAUCUUGUGACUACUAAUGAACUUUCAAUGCUGAAGUUUAUAUCUCUUCUAAACCUAUACAACCUGUUCCCAGUAUUCACGGCAAGCUUUGAUGAGAAGAUGUUGCCCUCUAGCCUAUUCCUUAAGAGAGAAUUCAGAGAUUGGGUGGAAUAUCUCAGCGAUUCAGCACGAAUUUUCCUGAAAGAUUUUGAUUUUACUUCGCAUUACGGCACAGGAAGGGCCAUUGCUAUAGUCCAUCGAAACAUUGCUCGUGAGCUUCUUGGCCAGAUAAUAGCAAGGGAACGAAAAUCUGUCAGUCAAGUUACACUGGAAUUUUUGAAUUCCGACUUGUUACAAAGAGAAGCAAAGUCGUUCACUUCAGUUUUUCUAUGUGACGAGGCAAACAGAAUGCUCAAGCAUCGUAGGAAGUACGAAUAUGGAGAUGACGAACAAACUAAAUUUUCACCAUUAGUAGAGGAGAUUUUGUACGGAGAAAGUUACUCUGGAGAAAGAGAAACAACGGAAACGAAGGUGCUUGAAGCGGUUGAAGUGCUUAAGGCGGGAUUAGAGAAGUUUCAAGACGCUACGCUCGCCCAACAAAUGGCUAGACUUUGUUACGUUAAUGCUAAAUGUUUCGUCGAUAAAGGAAUCGAGGAGUGUUUCCGUAUGGCUGUCACCUUUUGCAACCAAGCAAUCGAAAUGAGUCCGAAUAAUACGUUUUUCUUUGAUACAAUGGGCCGCAUUUAUGAAAGUAAAAUGAAGGUCUUAUAUGGGUCCUUCCGUGAGGGAAUCCGCACAAUAAACCAACAGUCUGCCAUAUUAGCCAUGGAACUUGCUUUUGAGGCAAUGAAAUGGUUUCAAAAAUCAAUAGGGACGUCGGGAGACAACCAGAAUCCCUUUGGUUUCCAAGGUGAAAUUUCCAUGAUAUUCUAUCUACUAAAUAUCCUUCGUUGUACAACUUUGUUUCUUGGCCAAGUGGGCUGGACAAAGUUACAGGCAUACCUGUCUGUAAGUCAAGUCAUACCACCUGAGGUUGAAGAGCUUUGGAGCAAGUUUCACGAGCCCAUUAACGGAUUGAGAAAUGCUUGCAAUCGAUGCAUGGAAGCUCUCACCGAAGAGGUAACCAUCUAUAAGGGAAAUAGCGUACAAGUAAAGCUUUUACCAUGCCAAAUUGCUCGGUUUAAGGCUCAAUACCUCAUUUACUUCGGUGAUGAUAAUUUGGACGUGCACCCUGAAAAUGCACGAGAGCGGUGGGAGUACAGGUGGCAGAAGAUAAAUCAGAUUCUUGUUGGGGAUAUUUUUUGGUCUGUGUUUAAAAUUGACCAUUCUAAAGCUCAUGAGAAACUUACAAGUCUGAGAACACUGGCUGGAGAUAAUUAUUGCGAGGAGCUAGAAGACGGGAUCCAGUACAAAGAUUUGCUGCUGUUAAUUACGACAAAUAUGGCAUUACACUCCCCAUAUGGAGAUAGACAGAAAAAGAAAUCAAAUCGAAACCAACUGAUUAAGGAAUAUAUAGAUGUAUUCAAAGUUGUUGAUCAGUUGCUUGCACUAGAAGAAUGCGAAGGAAACAAGAAAAUAUAUGCACAUCUAUUUAGGGUUAUGUUUCUCUGGCCACGUAAAGAAUUUGAACUGAGUGAUUAUCAUUUGAAAGAUUUCUAUGAGGCAUUGCAAAAGCUGAAGGUGAGAUGGAACAGUAAAUGUAAAAGGCAUGUUGACACGGACAAGUCGUCAAUGAAGAAGAUGUACAAGCGUAUGUCGUUUAAGAAGGAGACAAGGCAGUACACUACUCUUUUCUUUCUAGGAAAAGGGAAGGGCCUAGAUGUUUUCGUUCAUAUAAAUGAACUCCCUUUGUCGCAAGGUACGAAAGGAACACCAGCUUGGGAAGAUGAAAGAACAAAACAAAGACUCGAACGUCUCACGGGGGUUGUAGAAAGUAGAAACAUCAUAAAAAUGAAAAAUCCUCUCGAUGCGAAUCAAACUAUCGACAUCUAUUAUUCUUCCUUUCGCGAAGGAGGAUUUUCCAAGGAAGAAGUUUCAUUUUACUUGGGCUUUAGCUGGCCACAACCAACCGCUUUUGAUGUGAAGUACACCAAAGAAGAUCAUGAUCAAAAGUCCGUGGAAUUUAAUGAACUAGUCUUUGGGGAUAAUUUCCAGUCCGGUUCACGCAAAUUUGUUUUUAUGGCCCCCGAAGAGUACACUCUUAAGAGAAGAAAAAUUUUGAAGAUACUGGCUGAUAUCAAAGUUUUGCAGGCGAAGAGAGACAGAGGUGAAAAACUAGAGGAAAAUCAGCUUCAGAAAAUAACUAGAGAGGAAGAUCUCAGGCAGGAGCUUCAACAGUUGGAAGAAAAUUUCAAUUCCAUGGAAGCCUUUGAAGAUGAAAUAUUUGAUUAAGCCAGGGGAUUUGUGAAGUGAAAAGAGAGCAAGACUCCUCAAGAACCACUAUUGCCAGACAGUUGCGUCCGCAAGCUAUCAAAUAUAACUAGUAAUAGAAUUGAAUUAUCUAAGGUAGCACAAAAAAAACAGUUGUGACGUUGUCAUGUGUUAUAUUCAAAGUUUUUAGACGGAAAUGUAAGGGAAGUUGAAAAUUAUCGAGUAUAGUAACUGUAGUUCAGUUUCCCGUGCCGAAAACAAUACGAAUUCUCGUUCGCUAAAACAGACAAGAAAAUAUGUUAAUUUCAAUACUUUGCAAAAUCGCCAAGAGGCAUGAGAUGUCUUUAUUUGAAUACAUAUUGAGAUAACUGUAUUGUCAUCGAAGCAUAUCUCUUUUGUUAUCGUCCGCUUUAACUUAAGUCUUGCUUUUACGAAACUAUUACGUGACUAGUUACAUGGAUUUGAUCCACACUUGCUUUCGAGCGAAAGCAAGGAGGCUAGUGACGCUGUAUAAAAGGCAUCAAUGGUAACUUGUUUGCCAGGCUAUGCUGAUAUGUGUCAACUUCUUUUGCUGCAGUCCUGAUCAUUUGUGUCGAGAACCCUUCAGCCUCAUUUCAUUAUUGAUAGAUGAUCAGUGAAAUGACGAAAGUAAACUGCCGUUUUAAGGGGAAAAUUAAGAGAUAAGAAGUAAAAAUACGAGAAAUACACGCCGAAGCCUUUUCCUUAAUUCUUCGCACUUACUCAUGAAUUUUUCUGCUCAUUACACCAAGCCCCGAACGAUGAAGUUAGUUUGAUCUGUUUCAUUGCCGCAGCUCUCUUACAAAAAUGGAAAGGGUCUGCUUUUUUCUUUCCUCUGCCGCCAUCACUUAACUGAAUGCCUUUCUCCCCAAAAUACUUUUUCAUUCCCCCACAUUGAAAUUUGAUGAAUUUCCGUUCGUUUCUAUUACCACGGCACUUUUUCCUUCAUACCAGGGCGGAGAGAGGUUGGGCAAUGAAACUAGGGGGUCCGAGGAAAAAGGUGUGAUGCAGUCGACUGGGACCGACUUCAGACAAACAUUGGCUUUUUCUGAAAAUAGCGGCGAGUUCGGCAAUUUUGAAUGAGCUGGAAGAAUUGUUUGGCCAGUGUAUUUGCAGUAGAAUUCAUAACUUUGCGCAACGUUUUGCAAAUAACAAAUUGUUUAGGAGGAUUCAGACAUUAACUGAAUGAACGUUACAUUGGUAAAUUUAUUUGUAAACAAAUACCGCACGUUUUCAGGGUUAUCCCUACAAUUUUUCCCUGUGACUCCCUUGGACUCCUUCAACCUAAGGUUUAGGGUCCGGAAGAAACAAGUGGGGGUCCUAUGAUUGGUAUAGUUUUAAAUUCCAGGAGAAUAAUCUAAUCUUUUAGCAGGUUAUUAAUUUUAUACUGUACGGUAAUAUAGA